AUGAUCUGUCAUCAAAACACACAUACAAGCUCAAGUUUCAAUAAAUCGCAUCAACUUAAAAACUUUAAGCGUGGAUUUUCCCGAAUUUCCCUGUUUUUCGUGCCACACAUUCCAAAAUGCAUUCCAAAAGUGCCUUCCUUAUUGUUUGUGCAACAAUCCUCCUUGCCGUGUGUGUGCAGCAGGGUCUUUCGAUAAAGUGCUGGGAAUGCCGGUCGGAUGAGGAUCCCAAGUGUGGUGAUCCAUUCGACAAUAGCACACUCUCAAUCACCGACUGUGCUCAGUCACUACCAUUGGAACACCUUCCUGGGGUCAGAGCAACAAUGUGCAGGAAGAUCCGGCAGAAAGCUCAAGGGAAGUGGAGGUACUUCAGGAGCUGUGCCUACAUGGGAGAACCCGGAAUUGAGGGUGAUGAACGAUUCUGCCUCAUGAGGACAGGAACAUACAACAUCUUCCUUGAGUAUUGUACGUGCAACAGCAAGGAUGGCUGCAAUACAGCUGCUCUACCACGUCUUGGAGGCGCCACAGCUUCUGCCUUGUUCCUCGUGCCACUCCUAGCCUGGAGGUUUGGGUAAUGAUGAUUCAUUAAUUGCAAGUUAAUUUGUACAAGAAACGGGGUGCUCUCAUUGCGUUCAUUUAGUUAGGACUUAUACAUUUGCACGAUGAGGGACUAAUUUUGAAAUUUUGGGAUUCGUUGUUUUUAGUGUUUCAGUUGGGUUGAAAUUAGAGUAAAUCCAUAGGUCGCUGGUUCGACUCCGGCUUAAAUAACCAAAAUUUUCUCGAAAACGUUCUAAAAUCCGCGGAUUUUACUUUUUAUUUACGGAAAAAAAAACCUUUUUGAGUCUGUCUCCUUCAACAUAUUUGACAGUUCUAAUUCUCACCGCCAAAAUGCUUCAUUUUCACCACCCGAAUUCACCACUUCUUCUCUGGGUGGUAAAUUAAAGUUAAUUUCGUACCAAUUUCCAGAAGAUUUUCUUUAUUUUAUUUUCUGCGUUUUAUCAAUGAUAAAAAUGUUUUUUUUCUAUUUCUAAAAAUUCUGAUAAAUAUUUCAAUCAAUACUUAAUUAGUUUUAGAGUUUACAUUGAAUAAAAAAAAAUAUGGUCCUCUUGGCCAUUUUUUUAACUCCCAAAAUUUCAAAAUUAUCUCAUUGAAAAUUUCUUCAUAGAAAAUCAAAAGCAACAUAUUCCUUAAACAUUAAUAAGGAAGAUCUUGGGGCUGAAAGAUAUGGUUCAAUAGUUUUGAAAACUUAAGAAAUUUUCCUAUUUAUUCUAAAGUGAGUUUUGGAUUUUUAUUUAGAUUUAAUCACGUAAUUGUCUGGUGGAUUAGUUGGUUAAAGCUCCAUCUUUAUCCUUCCAAAUAACCAGGUGAAGUGAGAUUGAUUCUUGAUUCACAGAUUAUCUAAAAAAUUAUUAAAUAGUAAAAGUAUUUGGACGAUUCCUCAAAAUUUUAUUGGACCAUUUCUUAUCUCAGCUAACAGAGUCUCUUUGCACCAUUUUAUGUUGUUGUGUUCAUGUAAAUUUUGUUGGAGAGCACCCUAAGUAAUUAAGAAUCUAGCGCAUAAUAUGUAGUGCCUUCUUGCAAAGCGCACCUUACUCCAUGAGAAUCUCAUGAAAUUCUUUACUAUAAUACAAAAUGAGUAAACCAACCGUCCAAUUUUGUACUUCCAUAUCAAAUUUUUGAGGAUAGAAGUCAGAAAGAGAGAAAAUGCUGACAUUUUUUUCUGUAAUUAUUUUUAAUAGUGAGAUUUUGGUAUGUCAAAAGCAGUUUUACAUACAAUAUAAUUAAUAUAAAUUUUUAAA